UUAUUUCCUCCCUCCUCCCCUCCCCCUACAAACUUCAGCAGUUCAGUACGUGCAUUUAGAUUUCCCCCAUCCAUUGCACGAUUAAUCAGCGUAAACCAUCCUGUUUUGCAGCCCUGACACUGCCAUCCCAUCAGCUGUUGGGACCUCACAUGUUUUCUGUGCAUGAGCAAGGUGGCAGCUCAUCCCUGCGCUCUUUUUGUUCUCCCCACCUUUCCCUUUUGCUGCAGUCCUCAUGACCUUCACCAUGGCGUGCAUGGCCUCAAGUGAGUGAGAGAGAUCUAUCUGGCGUUGUUUGACCCCUCCAUUUAAGGAGAGUGGACAACCACCAAGCCAAAGCCAUUGCUCAACCUAAACCUCUGCAGGGGUCACAACUCACAAGGCCAGUAGAUGAUGAGGCAACGGCAAACUGGCCGUUCGCUGCUUCUUCGCUGCAGCAAGUACUAGUGCUAAAGCGUGCUUUUCAGCUUUACACUCAGCCGAAAAAAAAUGAUGGAAAUGCUAUCCAUAGUGGGUUCAUUGUGGAGUUUUCCUGUUUUGGCUACAUUUCUGAAACUUCCACCGCUGAUUGAGCAAGUGCGCGGCGCCUGGAAGGGCGAUCCUUCCAAGUUCCAACAGAGCCGUGCGUGCGUGGUGGUGUGUCAUGUGUGUGACGCAUUGGCAAAGGCAAUUUGGCAAUGGCAUCGCAGGAAGGGGACGCAGGAGCAACAAACCAUGCCGCAUUUCCCUUUUCCUUUCGGUUUUUUUUUACCUCUUCAGUGUUCACAUGUAGAACGUGAUACGUCUUCACAAGCGUCACAUGCUCACGGCCACGGCCAGGAGAUAAGACGGCCGGCCUCAGAGUACCCUCAACUGCCUCUGACGCCUGCAUUUCUUCUGCCUAGCCAGGACCAGAGACCGGAGGUGCUCUCGCCAAGAACAGCGCGCCGUCGCAGGCGGCGGCAGCUAGGCAGGUGUAUAUGAGCAGGUUCGCGGGGCAGAUGUCCAGGCCAUGGGUGGGGAUGGCGGCGGGCUCCGGCACGGCGUCCGAGCCGCCCACCGCCGACGUCGCCGCCGCGGCGGCGGCCUCGUCCAUGAGGGGCGCCGACUCCGCCACCAACGCCAGCGCCAUCUCCUUCGGGUUCGCGGCCACGGCCGUCCUCGUCUCCAUGUUCCUCCUCAUGGCCAUCUUCGAGCACCUCAUCAAGCCCGGCCUCGCUUCCUCCUCCCGUUCCCGGGGCUCGGGCUCCCAUGACGACGACGACGACGGCGAAGGCCGCGGCCACGGCCGCCGCCUGGGAUUGCCCCCCGCUCGACUGCACGAGCGCGACGCGUCGCCGCCGGACAAGCUCAGUCACUCGCCCAAGGUGGAGGAGCCCGUGGCGGCCGUGGUGGACCUGACGGUGCUGAUGCCGGGGCACCGGUACCCGACGUUCCUGGCGCAGCCGGCGCCGCUCGCGCCUUGCCCCAGGGAAGGCGUGCUAUGGCCUUCCCACCACGACCGUCGCAGCUCGUUUCUGCCACCGUGAUUUUUUACCUUCUUUCUCUUUUUGUAAGUCCGGGAAGGAUGUACAGAGGGUCAUGUAAAAUGCAGGGGGCCUAGCAUUGUUCAAGGCUUAUUAUUAUAUGGCCCAAUGCCGAUGCGUAUGUAGUUUCAGGGAAUUAGUAAUUGGGCCGGAAAAAUGGUCUGGAUAAGUUUGGCCCGUCGUGAAGGUAGCCCAUCAGUUGGGGCGGGUCAUUUGAGAGCUUUUGCAGCUACCGCUGCGAGCGAAAGCGCCGACGUCCUGCUUUGCAAGCAUGGCGGCAUGGCUGCGGAACAGCGGACAAGGUUGACCUUU